AUGGCUCCCUCCGCGGUAGACGAGCCGAAGCAGACGAGGCCAGAGGAGAGGACGUAUCCUCCCGCGAACAUCUAUCCCGUCAAAGAGACACGAUUCGAGAAGUAUAUCGAGCCUCAGGCCGAUGGCUACAGAAAAGCCCUUGAACAGCAGGGCAGCGCUGCCAUCGUUAUUGACAAUGGAUCUUCGGCUGUUCGCGCAGGAUGGUCAUUCGAAUCGGCGCCUCGGCUGAGCAUGCCUCCGAUAAUGUCAAAGUAUCGCGACCGCAAGCUGGGCAAGACGUUCUCAUUUGCUGGGUCCGACUGCUACGCUGACACGACGGCUCGAGGACAUAUAAGGGGGGCUUUCGAGGCAGGCACUGGCAUAGUGAGCAACUGGGAUGUCAUGGAGCAUGUGUUGGACUACUUGUUCCUGAAAUUGGGCUUGAACGAAUCCAGCGACGGAUCUGUGGAUGUGCCUAUUGUCAUGACAGAAGCAGUUGCAAACCUGCCAUAUUCGAGGAAAUCCAUGACCGAAAUCAUAUUCGAAUGUUACGGCGCGCCAUCUCUAGCCUAUGGCAUCGACUCUCUCUUCUCGUAUCGACAAAAUAAAGGAAACACUGGCCUUGUGGUCUCAUCGUCCUUCACCUCAACACACAUCAUCCCCGUAUACAACGCCAAACCGAUGCUUGGCCAGGCAAUACGACUAAAUUGGGGAGGCUACCAUGGUGCUGAAUAUCUGCUCAAACUCAUCCGUCUAAAAUACCCAGCCUUCAACGCAAAACUGAACGUCUCCCAAGCCGAACAUAUGAUUAGAGAUCACUUCUACGUCUCCAAAGACUAUGACAGCGAGAUAAAAAGCUAUCUAGAAUGGACGGGUCUCGAGGACAGGGACGUGGUCAUCCAGUACCCUUACACAGAAGAAGUCAUCAUCCAAAAGACCGAAGAGGAACUUGCUAGAAUAGCAGAGCGCAAAAAGGAGAGCGGCCGGCGAUUACAAGAGCAGGCUGCCAAAAUGCGACUCGAAAAGCUGAUGAAGAAGGAGCAAGAUCUCGAAUACUACAAGAAGCUCCAAGGCAAGCUUGUCGACGAGACCAAAAAGGAGAUCCGGCGCCAACUAGACAGCCACGACAUCAAGGACGAGAACCAGCUCGACAAGAUAGUCAAGGAGCUAGAAAAGUCCAUCAAGAAGGCUCGCACCAAGGACGUCGGCGGCGACCCAGAAGAAGACCAGGAACCGCCCAACUUUGACCUCCUCGAAGUUCCCGACGACCAGCUCGACGAAGCUCAAAUCAAGCAAAAGCGCCAACAGCGACUCAUGAAAUCCAACCAUGAGGCUCGCGCACGCGCCAAGGCCGAAAAGGAAGCUGAAAAGGCGCGCAUCGCCGAAGAAGAGCGUCUCGACAUGGAACGUCGCGAGAACGACCUGGACAACUGGCUCGAGGAGAAGCGCCAAGCACGUCUGGAAACCCUCCAAAAGAUCAAGGAGCGCGACCGCCUCAAAGCCGACUUGGGAAACCGCAAGUCCCUCGCCUCUCAGAUCCGCAUGAAAAGCAUCGCAAACCUCGCCUCUGACAACCCGACCAAGAAGCGUCGUCGUGGCGGAGACGACGACGACUUUGGCGCCAACGACGAUGACUGGGGCGUCUACCGCCAAAUCGCAGUCGGCGACAACAGCGAAGAUGAGCAAGAGGAAGAAGACCUGGCCACCAACCUCAAGAACCUCGAGCAAGAGCUCCUCCAGUACGAUCCAGACUUUGACUACGAACAAACCCAAGAAGCACAAUCAGACUGGUCGAAAUCCCUCCUGCACGCAUUUGCCCGUGGUCCCCGUCCCUUUGACCCAGCCUCCCAAGCACAACUCAACCAGAUUCAUCUCAACGUCGAGCGGAUCCGCGUGCCGGAAAUCGUGUUCCGCCCAUCCAUCGCGGGCGUCGACCAGGCUGGCAUCAUCGAAAUCGCAGGGGACAUGCUCAACCAGCGUCUGAGCGGCAUGCCUGACCGCGACGCCCUCCUGAAGGACAUCUUCCUCACGGGCGGGAACACGCUGUUCCAGAACUUUGACGAGCGCGUGCGCGAGGGAUUGAGGGCGCUUCUGCCUGCUGAUUCGGAGUUGAAGGUGCGUCGUGCGCAGGAUGCCUUGCUGGACGCGUGGAAAGGCGCAGCAGGCUGGGCUGGCACUCCGGCUUGGAAGGCGGCCACUAUUUCGAGGGAGGAGUAUCAGGAAAAGGGACCAGAGUACAUCAAGGAACAUGAUAUGGGCAACUCGUAUGCUUGA